AUGAAACGGAGGAAAUCAAGUGGAGCUCCUGAACUAGGUAAAGAACUGAGCUUGGGCCAGGGCCUGCACUCUGAGCGGCGGCUAGACGCGGACCUGGAUCCUAAACAGGAAGCAGAACUGAAAUUAGGGAUAGAGAAAGAGCCAAAUAAAGAGCCAGAGCCGGAACUUGGAGGAGAAAACCAAGAGGAGGAGUCGGGCGUCAACCUACUCCCGCCGCCACUUCCUCAGCCCCGGAUCUGCCUGUGGAAAUACUUGGACAUACAUUCCAUGGAACUACUGGAGAAAACCACCACCUUGGAAGAGAUGCAGGAGUUGAUGGCAGAACUGCUAGGCCUGGGGAAGAAGGACAGGAGUCCUAGGGAGGCAGUGAUACUGGAUAUGUUUUGCCACACCUUGAUCUUCUGUCGGCAACAGAACUUCUCUCCGGAGCAAACCUCGGCUGCUUGUGCUCUGCUUCAGGACCUCCACAAGGCCUGUAUUGCAACCCCUUUGGGCAAUGUGGAAGAUUGUUUCAGAUUUUUCACCAGCCUCCUCUUCUGCCAUGGAGUCAGGCGGCCCCCUUUCAGCAUUGACCUUUUUGGAGAGGAUCAGCUGAUGACCCUAUCAGAUUAUAUCGUCAACACCUACUUCCGUCAUUUUAAGCUCUACAAGUAUGUCUUCACCCCCCAGGUGCGACUAGACUUGUCUUUGCGCUAUAUAGGUCUGCCUGUAGUAAAGCCCUCAGCAGACGUAAAAGAGGCAGAAGGAGUAGCGGAGCCAACAUCACCCAUUCCCGAAGAGCCAGUGCCAGAAACAAAACCCACAAAGGAGCCAAGUCCAGCUGAUAUACUCCGAGAUUUCAUCUCAGCCCAGCUUUCCCAGGAGCUGGGACAACUCAGGCAGAUGGUGGAGGAACGGCUGAAGGCUGGCGAGGAGCAGCUCAAUAGCAGGCUGGUUGCCCUUGAGAGUCCCUCUUUGGCCUCCAAGAACAAAGCCAAAGCCAAGUGACCCCUGGGGUACUAUCCC